CUUUGAACCAAUGCACCAAGCAGGCGAAUCGGUUAGGAAGAAGUAGGCCAACUAAGUUCCCAUCUGCGAUCACCGAAAUAUAACAAAUGACACUGCAGGCGCUCUUGAACAGAUCUCCACUUCGACGCUUGUCGGUUGUGUUACAGCAUGUCCGAAGUAUGUCAUCUGCCGCAAGUCAAGAUGACGUCAUCUUGGAGAAAGUGAAGAACACUGCCGUGAUAACAAUGAAUAGACCAAAAGCGCUGAACACUUUGAAUUUAAGCAUGGUUAGAAAAAUAUAUCCCAAACUCAAAGAAUGGGAGUCUGAUGGUAGUACAUCACUGGUGAUCAUCAAGGCAACUGGAGACAAAGCAUUCUGUGCGGGAGGUGAUAUUAAAGCAAUUACAGAUGCAGCUAGAGCUGGCGAACCACAUGGUCAUAAUUUUUUUAAAGAAGAAUACAUUUUAAACCAUGCCAUAGGAACUCUUAGAAUACCCUAUGUAGCCUUGAUAAAUGGUAUUACUAUGGGUGGGGGUGUCGGUUUAUCGGUUCAUGGACACUUUCGUGUUGCUACACAACGUACAUUAUUUGCCAUGCCUGAAACUGCUGUUGGUCUUUUCCCAGACGUAGGUGGUAGUUAUUUCUUGUCUCGUCUUGGUGGAAAUUUAGGAAUAUAUUUAGCAUUAACUGGUGUUCGUUUGAAAGGAAGAGAUGUCCAGAGGGCUGGCGUGGCAACACACUUUGUGGAAACUGAGCAGCUUGGUGACUUGGAGAAAUCUUUAAUUAAUUUAGAAAAUGCAAAUGAAAAUAAAGUAUUAGAUGUACUGGAUAGUUAUCAUAACAAGUGUACGUUGGAUGCAGAUAAAGAAUUCAGCUUGAAACCUCACUUAGAGAAAAUUGAUAGACUGUUCGGCGGAAACACUUUAGAAGAAAUAUUUGAAAACUUGGAGAAAGACGGCAGUGAAUGGGCUUUGAAACAGCUGGAGAUUCUUAAGCGUAUGUCACCAACAUCUAUGAAGGUUACGCUACGUCAGUUACGAGAAGGUGCUAAGAUGAGUUUUAAUGACUGUUUUACAAUGGAGUUCAGGAUAUGCAGUGGAUGUCUGGCUGGCCAUGACUUCUAUGAAGGCGUCCGUGCUGUAUUGGUAGAUAAAGACAAUUCACCGAAAUGGAAUCCUGCUACCAUAAAUGAAGUUACGUCGGAAAUUGUUGAUGCACAUUUCAAGCCCCUGGACUCUGCCAAUGAACUUAUCAUAAACUAGAACAUCUUGUAUCAGCUGUACAGAAAGUGUCAUAUCAGUGUUAUAAGCAAAUAUAACAGAAUUUAAG